AUGUCAGCAAAGCGUGCUCGACCUACUACUACUACUACUGGUAGCUUACAGUCUCCAGAGAAAAAGAAGCAAACCGAAGAGCACAUGAUAAAAACUGUUUCGGAAUUUUAUGAACGAGAAGAUCGUGAAGCAUUAUCAAUGACCGCAGCAUCAAUUGAAGAAUCUUUUCUACAACAUUCGCAAGCAUUCAAACAGAAACUUCUCGAUUCAUGUAAUGAUUUAGUUAAGCCAUCAGAAGCAUCAAAUUUCGAAGAGUCAUUACUUUCACUCUUCAUAUCAUUGCGGCGAUUGAAUCGUUUGGCUCAGUAUCGAAAUCGGCAAAUUCGUGAUCGAGUAAAUCAAGAGCGUGCCGUCGUUGAAGAACGAUUUCUACAACUGCAAAAUGUUAGGAGUGAAAUUGAGCAUUUACAGAAGGAAAUUAAUCGAUGUUAUGAUUUCAGGUCAGCUGAUGAGGACAUUGAAUUGGUAUCACUAGAAGAAUUCUAUGCAAAUGCACCGCCAAAUAUCUCGCAAGAAGAAAUCACUCGUAACGAUCCGCAUCGACAACAUUUAGCUCGAUUAAACUGGGAGAUGCAGGAGCGUAAGAAUUUGGUUGGAACUCUGCAAGAACGAGAAGGACGAAAAAACGUACUUAUUACUGAUAUUACAACAAAGGAACACCGAUUAAAGUCACUGAAACCACGUAUUGAAGCCGUGAUUGAGGCAGCAAGACCUGUGCAAGAACUAAUGGGAUUAACAUGCAGUCCUAUUGAUGUUGAGAAGGAGCGCGUAUUAUCUUUGUUACCUCAGGAGCUUUCUGUAAUUGUUAUACAGAUUGAGGCUUACUGUGAUAUUGUUAAAGAGUCUGGUAUAAUACUAAAAUGCAAAGGUGAUUACGAAAGUGCUAUGAAGUUUCUAGAAAGUCGACAGCAUGUGUUUGAAAUCCCUGAAGAUGUUGAUGAUGAAGAUAACCAGGAUGAUAUGGACGGAAAACAAUCACCACUGGCACGUCACGAUAAAAGAAGGCGUAUAUCCAUGAAAGAAUUAAUUGCUGAACGAAGGAAUGCUAUUGUUGCUCCUCAUCCCAUUCAUAUUGAAAUGGAAAUUGCUUGUCAAGACGAUAUUUGUGUAACCCUUGUGCUACAGUUUAUUCCGGGUUUACGUUCAAUUGGAGUAAUAGCAAAGUUGAAUCGAGUACCCACAUCAGUUUACGGAAAUGCAUUAUUUGAUGUAUCUCUUCUGUCUGAAUUAUUUGAUGGCGAUGACGGAAGUAAAUGUGUCAAUAGUGCAGGACAAGCCAAAUUGGAUCAGUUACAGAUUUCCGUAGCUGAUUUGGAGUCUAAAAUUGGUCGAUUUUACAUAUUUGCUCAGAAAAUGGCCGGUAUAAACGAUGAAAUUACAUCAAAAAAUUCUCAACUAUGUGAAAUUAUACAUUCUGUUGUUGGAAAGAUUAGAUCACGUGUGCGUUCAAGAUGCGUUCUAGCUGGAAUCACUCAUUCACUGCAUUCUUUGAAAGUAUUUGAUGAUUUAAAAAACCGAAAUGAUUUCCCGGAUAAUGUCUGUUCAAAACUAACCAAUUUUCGAAUGAUUACUGCUGAGCAGUUCUUCGAAAAUGAAGCAGUAACAAAAGAGUACCGAAAGUUGAUAGAGUCUGAACGACAAACAAAUAUUAGCAAACAAUUUUACUUUUCUGCAACAGUUGAAAGAGAUCCAGGAGCCAAACUUCAUGCUUUAAUAUUUGUUGACAUUAAGUAUCCGAAAGUGAAGCCAAUUUAUAUCCUGACUUUUUCUUUGGAUAACACGGAAGUUUCAUCAUUUAAUAACACUCUUAUUCACGUGGAGCGAGUUUUGAAUGCAGAUUUUGCUACCUAUGUGACAUGUGACGAUCCAAAUAAUAUCCUAGGAGCACAAAUAGCAUUCUUAGUUUCACGUUUUGAUAUCCUUCUUGAAUCAAUUAGUGCUGCCAGUAAUUCUGGGCAAUUCGCUCGUGAGCAUCUUUUUUCUCGUCCUUAUAGGGGUCGUGAUCAUCAGCUUCCACUUUACUACCAGAAAAAUAUGAAUGCAUUUACAUUCCGUUCGUAA